ACAUGGCCGUCAACGGCGAGAGCGGCACGGCGUCGGUCCAGAGGGACCCGUCGAGCAACGGAGACUUCCGCGACACGGAGAAGCUGCUGGCCGCCGCCCCGCCCGCCGCCGGCGGCGGCGGGCCGUGCCGCUCGCCGGACCGGCGCGGCAGCAUCCGCUCGCUGGACUCCGAGCAGAACGGCCGCCGCUCGCCGCUCAAGUCCGGCUCGGCGGGCCAGCUGGCGGCCGCGCCCGUGUCGUCGUCCCGCCUCAGCCUGGCGUCCGGCGGGCCGCAGGGUGGCGGCGCGCCGCCCGGCCCGGCGCCGCCCAGCUACCUGUGGCUGGCCGUCCUCUCCUGCCUCUGCCCCGGCGUGCCGCUCAACGUGUGCGCCUUGUGGUACGCCAGCGUGUCUCGCUCGGUGCUGAACAACGGCGACGUGGAGGCGGCGCGCAAGUACGGCCGCCUGUCUCUGCUGCUCAGCCUCCUGGCCAUGCUGCUGGGCGUGGUCGUCAUCGUCUUCAUCGUCUUCACCAUCGAGCUCCAGCAGUGAGCGCGGGGCACGAGCGGCGUCUUAAGCUCCCCCCGCAGCGGCGAGGACGAGAUGGAAAAGCACAAACGCUAGCGGAAGAAAAAGAAGAAGCGGCGAUGUGACGGAAGACAAAGCGUGACAUGGGUCCGGUCGCGCUUGACCCGAAAAGACCCGCCGGGCCAGAAUCGGAGGGGGGAGGGGCUUAAGACAAACACGCACGCGCACGCGGUGCCCGGCUGCCCCGCUGGCGACCGGGCGCCGACGGCUGGGC